CUUUACGUGCAGGGUGUUUAUUGGAUGCAGAACACCACAAGAUUGCGAUAGAGUUUGAAUAUUGAUAUCUACGGGUCCACCAGAAAAUCAACCCAACAUGAAAGUCGUGCUUUCCCUAGCUGUUUUUGCGGUGGUCAUCCUCUUGACAGAAGGAAAUCCAAAUAAACUGGCGAAGACUAUGAACAGUUUCAGAAACAAUUUUCCGAAACAGAGCCUGUCUCCACUGCUAAGGAAAAUCAGAAGUUCUCCGGAAAUAUUCCCAGCAUCAGACGACAAACAAAUAGAAAAUGUGGACCAAGUUGGAGAUAGGCUGAUGGAAGAUUUCAUUUAUUUUCUGACACUUCAAGAUCUUGGAGUCCUUGAUCGGUGCCUAUCGUUCAGGAAAUGAAGACAACGAAUUUUCAAAACAUGAUAGUAAAUGUAUUAAACCGUACAGUAAAACUCAAUGUAGAAAAUAAAACGAUACAAGUUUGAA